AAAGUAAACAAUAAACUUGCUCGACUAUUUAUGUGUAAAUCCCUACUUAAAAACCAAACUUCAAAAUGACAUAAAUACCCUACACUAUGUUUAAAACUCCAAAUCCUCCUCUUCCUCCUCCUUAUAUAUACACCUCAAAAAUAUCACAAACACUAAAAACUCCAAUCCAAUAUCAUUCUCAACGAGUCCAUAAAAAGUGAUCCCAUUUUCCUCAUCGGGUCAAAAAAAACACCAAUUUCUAUCCGUCACCUUAUAGCUAACCAUCUUUGCAUCAACUUUCAUUCACACACACACACAAAAAAAAAUGUAUCUAACAACACCACUCAACCAACAUCCUCAACUAUUUUUCCCAUCAAAUCCACAACCUCAAAGAACCAAAAACAUGUCUUUCGUGAAAGUGCAUGCAAAACUUAACAAUGUAAUGGAAAUAACUAGUGAACCAAAAAGUUUUUAUGAACUUCUUGGUAUACCAGAAACUGUAUCAUUAUUUGAAAUAAAAGAAGCAUACAAGCAACUAGUACGUAAAUAUCACCCAGAUGUAUCACCUCCGGAUCGCGUUGAAGAAUAUACACAAAGGUUUAUUAGGGUUCGAGAAGCUUAUGAAACAUUAUCAGAUCCUAUGUCAAGAGAUAUGUAUGAUAAAGACAUGUCUAAAGGUCUUCACUUUGCAUUUUCUCCUCGUAGAAGGUCUCAAAAUGAUGAGUCAAUGGAGAACAAAGGCGAAUGGAAGAACCGUUGGAAUUCCCAAUUGUCAGAGUUAAAAAGAAGAAACGCGUACAAAGACUCUGAUACCAAUAUGUCUUGGGGUGCACGUAUGCGCAGACAAAGAAAUGAAGUAUCGUUGUAAUCAACAAUCGUUGUAGAAUUUAUAUGUAUGCUUGUAUAUAGAGCAAUUAUGUUCUCUAUGUAUUUUGGAAAAUAAUUCCGAGUUAGUGUUUGGUUAGCAUUUAUGUUAUCAGUAGUGCUAACAACUUUGCUAGUGCUAACCAAAUGUAGGAAACAAAUAGUUGUACAUAAGAAUUAAAUGAAUCAAGAUGUUACUUAGCCGUAACGCUCUGUUAUUUCUCCA